UGAUUGGCUAACCAUCAAAACUGGGAAUGCUUGAAUAUAUGUGGACAUAAAUUGUGAUCAGCAUCAUAAGAACUGUUUUCUGUAUGUUUUCUAUGCCUGCAUUCACUGAAACUGUUGAUACAUGAUGGCAUGGUCAUGAAUAAGUGGUGGAAAGUGGGCCAACAGAUGAUAGUAUCUUUAAAAAGGGAGGCUGCCAAACAAAAGGAAUGGAGCAAUGUGUUGGAGGAAGUCAGAUGGGAAUCUAAAAGGGAGGGGGUCUCACUUCAAGUGGCUUGAGAAACAAAAACCUGAGGACAGCAGCAAGGCCAGAUCCCCUGUUAGACUGGCAGCCUCUGUGAAAUACCCAAGUCUGCUUCCAAAGAUUUUUGUGAACCAGUUCUAACCAGCUCUGCCUUCUACGGGGUCUGUCUGAGGACAGCUGGCUCCACUGUGUUACAACCACAUUCACGAGUCACGCUGGGAGAAAAAUGUGUCUUUCUGCAGUCUCCAAUAUCAGUGUCAAAAAAAUAUAUACAAACAUAUUUUAUCAACUCGUAGAGGCGACGAAAAAAACAACACAGCUGGAGACGUGUCCAGACUUGUUGGUAUCUGCUGGAUUGUAUGGUAAAAGCUGAGGGCCGCUCAUGUCAUUUCUGGCCACCGUGUGACUCUUCAGUGGCAUUUGAGGUUAGAGAUUACAAGUAGUAGUGUGACCUCUUUGGUCAUAUAAUUCCUGGGAGAGUUGUACUGUUCUAUCUGGUCACACAGCGAUGUGUCACAUGAUGAAACUGUGGGCCAUGAAAUAUAACACGGAAUGACGAAGGAGCGUCAAGAACCAAGAGAAAUAUCUAGUAUUUUGAAAUCAGAUCAUGUGGCAUUGCUACUUGCUUUUGUUUUUCAAUCCAUUAACACAUAACACAAUCCAGUCCUGAUUCACAGAGAAGUGGCAGGUCUUUAAUGGCUGAAAAUGGGAAAUAAAGUUUGCUUCAAGCAUUGUCUGCUUUUGUGCUCCAGUUUAUAUUGUGACUCUGUUCUGCCUUAUCCUUAAGAAAAUUGUGAAAUGUUUACAUGGUAGCAGUUGUUUCUCAAUGAGAACAUUUUGGUUGUCAACAUUUUUAUGAUCUAGGGGUGUGUACUGCAUCAGUGGGCAUGUGACUAUACUGUGGGAGGUGCUCAGUGGGGGCUGCUCAUUUCUAAGCAGAAGUCACUGGAUAUUAGGCCUUAAAAUAGCAGUACAGAGGGUAUAUAGGGAUCCUCUCUCACUGGCCCCAUCAUUCAGCAGCUCUCCUCUCCAGCAAAUGUACUGUACAAGCAAUAACGGCAAACUGGGGGAAAGGAAAUAAUCAGCCAGCAGGACAGAGUUGUGCAGACAACCUGAAAGGAGGGAAUUUGAACACUGAAGCGAAGCGAAGGAUUUGAAACCUGCCUGUGCAAUCCGGUAUCAACAGGAGCUUCUGGAGCGAGAAACUUUAAGGAUACAGAGGACAAAAAAAAGACCUAGAGCAAAGGAUACUGCUCUUCCAUUGGAUUGUUGUGUUCCCUUGGAUUUCCCACCUACCUCCUCCUGAACUGAGCGUGUACGGGGGGAGACAGAGGCAUUGCAGCGCUGCAGGGAUGAAGUACAACUACCAUGUGCCAGUGUCGUCAUACACACGCAGUUCGCAGUACACACCGACGUACCACACUCCCACCCAUUACACCCCCUCACACUACACGCCGUCCGCGUACACGUCCACAUACUCAUCGGUGUCCAAGUACACUCCGACCCAGUACAGCACGACAUAUUACACCCCGUCAUAUCACACAUCCACCUACAAAUCAACGUCAGCCUACACGCCGUCGUACAGCAAGGGGUCCCGCUACAGUGCAACACAGCGCACACAAGCACGGGAAAAUCCUGCACCUGUCAUACCUGUCGCACCUGCAAAGAGAACUGUGCACUUCCCCAAUGACAUCAUCUUCCAGGAUAUCGUUAGACGAGGGGAUUUAGAGCAAAUCGGCCGAUUCAUGAGAGCAAGAAAAGUUCGCGUGGAUACACUUUUCCACUCAGGUAUGGCAGCGCUACAUGAAGCUGUGCUGACAGGGAACCUGGAAGUGGUGAAGCUGCUGGUGAAAUAUGGAGCCGACGUCCAUCAGAGAGAUGAGGAUGGCUGGACGCCGCUUCACAUGGCCUGCAGUGAUGGAUACCCAGAAAUAGCCAGUUAUUUGCUGUCAAUGGGAGCCAGCACAGAGGCAGAGAAUGAGAACGGAGAGAAGCCUGCGGACCUCAUCGACCCAGACUGCACAGAGCUCGUCAAACUGUUCGAGACCGGCUGCGUGUGAUUGGAUCCCUUGGACUCCAAAGAGAACAACCACAAAGAUUUUUUUAUAUAUAUAAAAAUGAAUGAGAUGCCAUAAAGAGAAAGAAGAGAAAACAAUACCACAACAAGCUUUUCUGCCACAGCUUGAUCCAGAGAGGCAAGAUUCUGCUCAUUUUCGAUUUGAAGAGAGUAGCACGAACUGCUCCAACAUUAUUGUUUUUCUAUUAUAUCUUCAUGUUGAUCUUUUAUUAAGCAUUUUCUGGUGGAUUUUUUUCUUCUAAUAUCAAUAUAUUUUGCUUCAUUUUGUGCAUUUGUGUAUUUUAUCACCCAUCAGUGUUAGAAAUGUCCAUCUGCCAUGUGAAAUACAUUUAAAUCAUCCAAAUCUUCACUUGUAAACAUACUGUUCAUAUUAAUUUACCAUCUCAGAGAAAAGCAGAGUGUGUAUUUUACCAUUCAUGUUUUUGUCAAGGCGCAUUAUAAAUUACUAUACUCGUAUAUUUAUUUUAUAUUUCAAAGUUUUUGGCUGACAGGACUGAAUUACCCAGAACGAGUUCAGUAUCCUCCCUGCUGGGCAGAAAGAGGUUCUUCAUCACAAAACCAACAGUGAAAACAUAGAGAGUUUAUUUUGUAUGAGUUCCAUUGCAGUAUUUUCCCUAUUGGAUCACUUUUGUUUUCUAUAGCUUUAAUGCCAGCAAUGAAAGUCUUAUGAAUUUUAUGUUCAAAACUAUUUUUGUACAUUUUCAUAAAUAAAGAAAUCUUUUUAAUAAAUAUGAAGGACUCACUUGGUGUGGUUUCUUCAAACCAUGGACACUGUUUACACUGCCCAUGAACCAUGGAAUCCCCCCAGGUUUGCUGGGACUGACCGUUACCUUGUUGCCUUUGUGAUCAAAAAUACAGAUCAAUGCACCAUUACAAUGGUGUCAAGUUCAUUUUUGCUUUUUUUAAGAUGUUGACACUAUCUACAGAGCAAAUAGGCAUUACCUGUGAAUGCAUAUCAAAUAGUGUCUUUUUUGUUAAAGAACAAGUUCAUGUUGUUGUUGGAAUUUUUACACUCGACAAAGUCAGCCCACAUUCUAGGAUGGACCCUCUGAAGGGACGAUGUCGGCCUGUGGACUACAUAUUUUAAACCUCUGCCCUAGUAUGUUAUCCUGGCCUGAAGGCAAAACAUUAAAAUACUAUCACAGUACAGAAAAGUUAACACUCAUCCCGUAUCACACAGAGUGCCAAGUCUUGCAUAACAUAAAGGACUCUGGGCUUAGUACGAAUGCUGCACUGACCUACGAUGUCUGAACAAGCCAAGCACAAGAUGUGAGCGGUG